AGAUUGGGACGGGGAAUAUCAACUGGCUUAAUCUCUCGUCUCGAUGGAUGCGUCAGAAAAGGGUAUUCGGUCAAGAACUACGUCCUAUGCAGGAAAAUCCAUGCAACUCCUAACACUUGCAAUACUGGGAUUUCUGUUAGCUUUGGCAUCAUUUAGUCGUUUUACCGUAUCAAAAAUCCCUGCACAGAAAGAAACAUACAAUGUGUGCGAAACACCCAUCUGCAUCGAACGAGCUCGCCUUAUCAAUGAUUCUCUCAAUACCUCCGCCGACCCAUGCACUGAUUUCUACUCAUACACCUGCGGCGGAUGGAUGUCAAAACACAAGAUACCAGAGAGCCAGUCAAUGACGAGCAUUUUCACUCGGUUAGAAGACGAACUGCACGAAACGCUUCGAGACAUUUUAGGAAACAUGACCCUUGUGGGUGAGAACCAGAACGUAACAGACAAAGCAGCUGUUCUCUACAAUGCUUGCGUGGCUGUUCCGGAUCUCGAAGACCGACGGGACGUCGUUCUUGCUAUAAUGUACGCUUCCGAUCUUGAUGAGUGGCCAAAAACGCGUCAGAACAAAAAUGCGAAGGGGAACGAUCAAAGCACCAUAGAUGUCCUUAUGAUGGGGAAGAUUUCUGAUGUCCUUUCAACUCGUAUCGAACGGGAUUCCAGGAAUCCAAGUGCUCACGUCAUUGAGCUUGACCAACUAGAAUUCCCCAGGGUGGGCAGAAACCAGCUGAUCAACCAAACCACUAAUUACAGCAAACCAAUUAUUGCUGCCUAUAAGAAGGUAAUUCAAGUGGCGAUGAAGUUCUUGAAGCCCAGCCUGACUGACGGCGACCUUGCCGACCUUUCUCAGAAUCUUCUAGCGUUUGAAGGACAGUUGGCCAAUAUUACUGCACCUCCUGAAGAGAUGCGAGACUGGUUGAGCCUUUAUCACAGAACCACCAUCGAUGAACUCGAGAGAAAUUUCUCCUACGUACCGAUCCGUGCUCUACUUCAAAAAGAAUUCUGUAAAGUAAACAUUACAUUAGCUCACAACGAGACCGUUGAACUCUUCGCACUGGCCUACUAUAAAAAGCUAAAUGAAUUUCUACAACGUGCUGACGCUGACACGCUGUUCAACUACAUUGGUCUGCGUCACAUGCUGGAAUGGGCUGCGACAGGGUCGAAAGACUUCAGAAAUGCUUCCUUCGAGCUUCUCAAAGUGAAAAAGGGAGUGCGCGUUAAAAAGCCCAGGUGGAAACUGUGCGUCGCAGAGGUAAAGAAGCGCAUGGUCGAGAGUGUAGACUACCUCUACGUGAAGCACAAGUUCAACGAUGAGGCCAAGAAAGAGGUUGAAGAUCUUGUGAAAAGGAUCAGAGUUGCCUUCAAUGAGUCGUUGCAAACACUUAAAUGGAUGGACGAGAAGACUAGAGCUGCAGCAGUGACAAAGUUGAUGAAAAUCCGAUCCAAAAUUGCGUAUCCUGACUGGCUGUUCAACACGACGUACCUUGAGGGACUUUACAAAUUUGUGCCUCAACUGCCCCUGAAUGCUUCCUAUGGGGAAAUGCUUUACGCAAUAAGAGAAAACAACUGGAAACGGCAAAUGGAGAAAUUGCGACGACCAUAUGACAGCGAUGCUGACUGGUUAUUCGGCGCAGCAGUUGUCGAUGCUUUCUACAACCCCAAUGGCAACGAAAUGGUGUUUCCUUCGGGGAUUCUUCAAGGCCUCUUCUAUAAAUAUGGACUUCCGCGUUCCUUCAACUUCGGAGCUAUUGGCACGGUGGUUGGCCACGAAAUGACGCAUGGCUUUGACGACACAGGAAGUCAGUACGAUGGAGAAGGUGCCCUCAAACUGUGGUGGACAAACAAAACUCGCGCUGAGUUCAUGAAAAGAGCUGAAUGUAUGCAGUAUGAAUACGGGAAUAUCACCGACAAGGAAGCAAACAUGACGCUCAAUGCCAAAAGCACUGUAGGCGAGGACAUUGCCGACAAUGGUGGACUGCGUUUGGCUUUCGAGGCCUAUCAAACACUUCUAAAAGAGGAGUACAAGAACAUUGACACUCGGCUAAAAAGUCUGGAACAUAUCUCUGGAAAUCAGCUGUUUUUCAUCGCUAACGGAAUGAUAUCGUGCAGCAAAAGCCGUCCUGAGCACCUUAAGCUCAUGAUUCAGUACGACCAGCACAGCCCUGAUCCGUACAGAGUCAACGUGCCAAUGUUGAAUAUGAAAGCCUUCUCCGAUACCUUCAACUGCCCAGCUACCUCUGCGAUGAACCCAAAACAUCGCUGCGAUUUGUGGUGAAGCUUGGUCCCACACCAUUUGAAGGCAUGUCUACAAUGUUCCGAGACGUUGACCUGUCCAUAGCGAGUUACAAGGCCCGCUGCACCAUCAGACACAAAGUUAUAAUAAAAAAAGAACUAAGCUAUUUGAUUUCAGCAAAUGGGUAUUUUUUGUGCGUGAAAACUGCUAACAAAAGCUGGAAAGAAAAGAAAAACAAACAUUCAAGAAAAAUAUUGAUCUCUAAUCCACUCUGGGAAGGUGGUUGGACAGUGCAGUGGUAAAGAAAAAAAAGUAGAACGAUUACUCAUUGUGAUGUAGCUUAGAAUUAUUACAAUGGCGAGAUUCACUUGCAAUUUACCUAGUUAAUAACCUAAGUCGCUUCAACAGCUUGCAACUUGGCUUGCGCCGCUAUUUCGUGCAGCUACAAAGAGUGGUCGACCGAACAGACAAAUGCAUUUAACCACACUUCCGCCGCAGCGCUUAUGCACGCUGCUCUUCAGGAGCCUUCACUAUACGCGGCCUUCCAAUAGUACUGUCACAACACAAAUAAAUUGCUUGGCGGGUCCUUCUUUUACAUACGAAAGUGUAGUUACGUCCCUCCCUGCUUCGUAUGCUGCAGUUGCCGCUUCCCAGCGACCGCAGCUUAUGCAGACGCAAUGUUUACCGGGAAACGCU